AUGUCAACAUAUUUUAUUGGGUUGAGAAUACUCAGGAUUGGAGAACAUGGAAGAUUGCUAUAGGUUAUUUAAGUGCAAUAUUAAAAUUCUUAAAAAUUAAUGAAUCGUUAAACGAGUUAGAUCUCCCAUAAUUCCUCGACUUAGCUAUUCUAUUCACAAUAUUUAAAGCAACAGCAAGUAAGUCCGAUUGCUGAAAGAUUUAGUGGAGAUGAAGUGCAUGAGCUGAGAAAGAAAGUUGAUUAGUUGACAAAAUAAUUAGAGUUCAAGGAGAAGAUAAUAAGUGAGAUGAGAGCUCAUUAGAAAGUGAUGAUGAAUCGUUUGCCAGAAUAGAAGCAAUUUCAAUAUGAGAAUUUAGCAGAGAGAAUGAAGGAAUUUGAAUAAAAAAUGAAAGAGAAGGAGGUUUAAUUUCAAAAUUAAUUGAUUGAAAAUAGUUUGCUGAUCAAAGAAAACCAGAGUCUAUAACAAGAAAUAGCACAAUUAGAAAGCUGUAUCAAAGAUGCUUCAAUUCCAAAAUUCGUUAAUUCAAUAGUUGAUCUAGUAAUUCAAUGUCAUCCGAUAAAUCACUUCCCAAGCUCGAAACCUGAUUUAAGAUAAUGCUGGAGAUGGCUGAAAAAGAUUCUUAAUGAUUACAUACAACUGAAGCAGCGAGAGCAUUGA